AUGCAGGUUUUUGCUAAUUCAUUAUUCAUAUCUAUUUCAGCAUUAAGAUAUUUUACUAAUAAAGGCGUUACAAACAUCAAAGAUUUAUAUUAGAAGUGCUCUAAAAAUUUUGAGAAGAUAACCAAAUAAAAACCAAAAGCAAAUAUGUUUGCUUAAUAUGCAAUAAAAAGACCAAAAUAAGAAAUUCAAUAUUAGAAGUAAUAAGAUCCAAGAAAAUAUCCAUAUAGAAAGGCUGAAUCAGCAGGGAAAUCCAUGGAGAAUAAUGAACCAAUCAGAAAAAACUCAAGAAACAACUCAAAAGAUUAUUAUGAAAAGCUUUAUAAUUUAAAUGAAGGAGACAACUAAAAGUUAAUAGACGAUGUAAUGCAAAUGAUGCUGGUAAUGGCUGAACAUUUACAAAUUACAUAAGAGUAGGAGGAGAAUAAUUAAAAUUAAACCCCAAUUCAACAGAUAUAAAAUACUCAUAAUGGAAUCCCUACUCUAUAAAAUUAAGUUAGCAACAAUAGUAAUAGUAGUAAUAAUAGUAAUAACAACAUUAAUAAUAGCAAUAAUAACGUCAAUAAUAGCUCAUAAUAGUUUCAAAGAGAUGCAAAAAAGAAAAUUUCAAUCCCAUAAAUUAAAAUUAUUGUUUCAAGUCCUCCUAAAGAAAUUCAAAGUGAGCCUGAUAUAAUGAUUGAUGAUGAUCUAAAAUUGGGAGAUCACAAUUUUCCACACCAAAACUUUUAAAUAUCACCCUUAACAUCUUUUUCAAGCAACGUGGAAGAGGACGAUGACAUACCUGAUGAUGAUUAUCCUUUGAGUAUUAUUGAGUCCACUUUAUAUAAAAUAUCUGCAUAAUAGUAUUUUGAUGUAAGUAGAAUAUCAAACCAUAUAAGAGAGCACAUUGUUUAGCUAUGA